AGGUCAGAGGUCACAGGUGUCACAUGACGGUCACACAGGUCGCGGGAAAUAUCGGUUCAGCUGGGGUCGUGGGAACUUCAAGUUUACAGGACUACCAACACCAGUGACAACAUCGAAAAUCUCCGCAAAUAGACGUCAACAUUUUAGAUGAACUUCAGCAAAAUGUUUAAGAGAUGUAACGUCUUGCUGUAAUGUGAGUCGACAACACGGCAAGCUCAGAUGCCUUCUACUAUAUCGUAACACUUGCCUGUGAAAAUUCUCGGUCUAUAUAUGCAGUGCGCGCCACUAUAGAUUAAACAGGGAUAGAGUGAUCCUGGGUUGGUAAGGGUCAUGACAGAACGACUCUUUAAGAUCCUGAUAAUCGGUGACGCCACCGUCGGGAAGACGUCGUUUGUGCAGCGGUACGUCAACGACUCCUUCAAAAGGGAGUACAAGGCGACGGUGGGAGUUGAUUUUGCACUUAAGGUCAUUCAAAUAUCAGAGGAAGACACAGUUAGAUUUCAGUUAUGGGAUGUUGCAGGCCAGGAGAGAUUUACGUCGAUGACAAGAGUUUACUACAAGGAUGCCUCUGCUUGUGUCAUCAUCUUUGACGUAACGGCCAAACAGACAUUCCACAAUUGCAUAAAGUGGAAAAAGGACUUAGAUUCAAAAGUGUCUCUUCCUGACGGGCGUUGUGUACCUUGUAUGCUGCUAGCAAAUAAGAUUGAUUUACAAGAAAAGGCGGUGACAGAGGAAGAAGUAAAUGAGUUCUGUAAGGAACACAACUUUAUAGGAUGGACAGAGAUAUCAGUCAAGGACAAUGUCAAUGUAAAGGAGUCUAUGAAUUUCCUCCUUGAAGAAAUCCUGGCCAGACACACUGACACACAGCCCCAGCGGAACAUGGAGACAGAAGCUGAGGGAGGACACAUCAAACUCAAGGACAACGUCAGGCAGGCGAAGGAAGGGAGGAGCUGCUGUGGAAGCUGAUGUUCUCUGUGCCUUUUCUAUGCUUAAAUUGUACAAUUCUAUGUUCGUAGGUUACACAAACUUGAUAUUAUGGAUAACAUCUUAUGGAUAUUCUUGAUAUAAAUUCAUGAGGGAAAGUGCAAGCUUAAAAGGUCAUUUUAAUACAUGAAAAAGCAAUAUUUUGCAAAUACAUUACAUCACUAUAGAUCACUUUAUGGUGGUGAUGUGUUACAUAUAAUGUAGUCUCUCAGUUUCAUACUGUACAGCAUAUAAAGGGACGAAAAGAACUACAUGUCCUGCAACUACAAUGUUGUUGCUGCUGUGAAAGCAUUGUUAUGUUGCAUAAGUUCCUGUUUUGAGAGAAGCCAUUUAUAUUUUCAGACUGGCCAGUAUAAAUGCAAUGUCAUCCAUUCAAUGAAGUUUGUGUUGCUCUAUGUUUGUAUAUAUGGAUACCUGUUACAUUGUUUAUGUAAUAGAAGUUGUGCUUUUCCAAAGUGGAUAUAAAGAUACACAGAUUGAAUCCAAACAUCAUGGUUCCAACAAUUUGGCACGAAGUAGACAACAUUAAAAAUUGACUUUUACCACUUUCAUGUGAAUAGUUGUUCUUUGAUUUUGUUGUGUACUUGGGCAGUUUAUUUGAUAAUCAUGGAGGAAAAA